UUAACACCGAAAAAACAAAAGCAUUUCACCAAACCCAUUUCCAAUGGCCUUCUCUGCAAUCAUCCCAAGUCAUAAAACCUCUUCUGUCAUCAAAAUCUCCACUGAAGAUCCUGUGAAGUUUACCCCAUUUUCGCAGAUCAAGGUUGUUCCCGGGAAAAUUCAGGCUAGCCAGAUUGCAAACUCAUCUUUACCUCGAGCAUUCGUAUCCAAAGACUGGAUGUCCAACUCUGACCCAUUGCCUGCGUUUAACCUCGACGAGUACAUGGUGGACAAGGGACAACGAGUGAACAAAGCACUUAUUAAGGCAGUCCCUUUGAAACAUCCAAUGCAAAUUCAUGAAGCAAUGAGGUACUCCCUUCUAGCUGGCGGCAAGCGCGUCCGUCCUAUUCUUUGUAUUGCUGCAUGUGAGUUAGUAGGAGGAGAAGAGACCCUGGCAAUGCCAGUGGCUUGCGCAGUGGAGAUGAUACAUACUAUGUCACUGAUCCAUGAUGAUCUUCCUUGUAUGGACAACGAUAAUCUUCGUCGGGGAAAGCCUACCAACCACAAGGUGUUCGGGGAAGAAACUGCUAUUCUCGCUGGUGAUGCUCUUCUCUCCCUUGCCUUUGAACAUGUAGCUUCAAAGACGACCAAGAAUAUUUCACCUGACCGAGUGGUUCGAGCCAUUGCUGAGCUAGGGUCGGCGGUUGGAUCAGAAGGGCUAGUGGGAGGCCAAAUAGUGGAUCUUGCGAGUGAGGGAAAAGAGAUAAGCUUGAAUGAGUUAGAGUAUAUCCAUUUGCAUAAAACUGCCAAGCUUUUAGAGGCAUCCGUUGUUUGUGGUGCUAUAAUUGGAGGAGGAAAUGAUGGUGAUGUUGUAAGGGUUAGGAAUUAUGCUAGAUCCAUAGGGUUGUUGUUUCAGGUUGUGGAUGAUAUUUUGGAUGUGACAAAGUCCUCGGAGGAGCUUGGGAAGACGGCAGGGAAGGAUUUGGUCAGUAAUAAGGCCACUUAUCCGAAGCUGAUAGGCCUUGACAAGGCCAAGAAGUUUGCAGGGGAGUUGAUGACUCAAGCUGUUGAAGAGCUUGCCCAUUUUGAUCCGGCAAGAGCUGCUCCAUUGUUUCAUUUAGCCAAAUUUAUUUGUGAUCGAGACAACUAG